CCACCCGAAAGUAUGUCCCACAUUGCACUGCUGGGAUUGAGCGCGUUCCGUUGCCAUGGAGCCGAGUUACGCCUCCCAGCCCGUGGAAACAAAAGAGACGACGGUUUGAAUUAUAAGGAUCGCCGCCCGCUUGUUAUUAUGGAAGACGACAUGUUCAUGAUGGCUACAGAAGCGGAGGUCUUGGAGCAAAUGUCUGAAUGCCGACAGCGGGCAAUUGUUCUCAGUGGACGAGCGCGUUCGUAGUACAGGCACCUCGCCGUCAGGUUUUGAGCCUCUCGUCAUUUCCGGUCGCCUGUGUUCAUCGCAAGCAUGACUGGAAGGGAGGUGGACAACCGCCUGCAGGUGCUGCAGAUCUACCGUUUGCUGCAGUACAUCCAUGAAAACGAUGAGGCACAGAUUGAGGAAAUGGUCAACCUCGGGGUAGAAAACCUCAUUAAUUUCACAGAGCCACAGAAUGGAAAGGGGGCACUUCACAUGGCAGUUGCGGCCAACAAUCAGGACCUGACCAGGUUCCUUCUCUCACUGAGAGCCCACCCUGACAUCCAGAAUAAAAGGGGCCACACGCCGGUCAUGUUGGCGACUGAACUGGGUAAUGACGGCAUUGUGAAAAUGUUGGCAGACCACGACGCUGACAUGAGCAUCCAAGACAAUGAAGGUCAAGGAGUUCUGUUCUACUGCAUCUACCCGACGAGGCGGCACACGCGUUGCCUGCAGACGGCGCUGGAGUACCGGGCAGACGUCAACAAUGUGUCCUUGCAGGGGACUCAUGUCUUUCAGCUGAUGUGUCAACACGCCAAAGACUGCGCUCCCAUGUGUCACAUGAUGCUGGCGAAAGGGGCCGACCCCAAUGCAACAGAUCAGAAAACAGGCGUGACGGCAUUGAUGGAGGCCGCCAAAGCUGGUUCCCUGGAUCUUGUCCGAGACAUUCUAAAAAGAGGGGGAAACCCCAACGCCCUGGACCAGAAGCGCAUGUCAGUGGUGCACUAUGCUGCCAUGGGAGGCUUUUUUGAGGUGAUCGUGCUGCUGUCUGCGUUCUCAGCAGAUAUGAGUGUCAUUAAUGUGGACGAGUGCACGGCCCUCCACUUUGCCGCCGCAACGGGAGACAUCAACUGCUGCAAGUUUCUGGCUCAGAGAGGUUGCAACGCCAAAGUGAAGAACUUGGACGGUUUUCUUCCACGUCAGAUUGCCAAAGAUGCCGGUCACAAAGCGGCUAUGAAGGAGCUGAGGAAAGCGGAGCAGCAGAGGGGCAAAGAGAACACCGAUGAGACGGUCCUGACGGACUUGUGGGCUCUGACCCUCCACGACUGGUCCAACGAAUACGAGCGCGAUCUGCUGCAAGCCUUUGAUAGCGAAAAGGCCUCCUCGGAAAAAUUUGUCUCUGUUUUAACAACAUUAGGUGCUCCGGUCACCCAAGAACAGAUCGAGUUGGUCGUCUCGUUCCACGGGAUUGGAAGAGAUCCAACCGUAAACAUUAAUGACUUCAUCAAAGGGGCCAGCUACAUCAAGAAACCAUACCUCCUCCUCUCCUACGUCCCCAAGAAGAAAAAGGGGGGCAAAGGAGGGAAGGGGAAGAAGAAGCCAAAAUUUGUCCUCCCGAUGCCUAUUUGUACCCUGCCACCGGAGUUCAAGCCGCGGCGAGAGGACGGAGGCCCGCCGGAAUACAUGAUGGAAACCUACAAUACCGCAGACAUCCGACAACUGGACCAAGAACCUCCGUCAGAACACCCCGUCGUCGAUGACACCGCGUGGUACACGGAGAAGCCAGAUAAGAUCUACAUCAACAUCAACUACCUGGUGAAGAAUGGCGAUAUCGAGGCUCUGGAACUGGCUUUUAGUCAAAGGAUUCCCGUGGACGUUCAAGAUCCGUAUUACAAGACUCCGCUGAUGGUGGCCUGCUCCAUCGGAAACUACGAGGUGGCCAAGUACCUCGUCGAAAAGAGGGCGAUGGUGGAUAUCUGUGACCAAUUCUGCUGGACGCCGCUUCACCACGCCGCUCAAGCCGGCAAAGUGGAAAUAUUGGAACUUCUGCUGGAGGCUGGAGCCGACAUUGACGCUCAGACCAUCACUGGGACCACGCCCGUCAUGGUGGCCAUCCAGAGCACUCACCUCUCCUGCGUUGAGUUCUUCUUUACGGCCGGCGCCAAUGUCUUGAUGGAGAACAAGAAAGAACAAACCUGCCUUGACGUCGCCACUGCAUUUGGUGACGCUGAGAUCUAUCAGUUGGUCAAAGACAAGUUUGAAUCUAUGCCCAAGCCAAAAAACAAAGGAAAGGGGAAAGGAAAGGUACGCAAGUAACAGCCCUCAACCUUACGUCUGGAGCCACAGCGUUCAAAACUUGAAAUAUUUUUCUUUUCUCUAUUUGUGUGACAGAAAUAACUGUCCAUCUGCCGCUCUUGGAACUCAUUCUGUCCCCUGCCUUUCCCUGACUGAUCUCUUCCUUCAUCUUGGUCCAGUGCCAACUGUGUGUUACGCAAUACAUCCACUUCAGCAAAAUGUGUCAGUGAACAAAAUAAACAGA